AUGGACUCGUCGGCUGCUGCCAAUCCGCCGCCGCCGAAGACGGGCACCGGCGAGCCCGUCAUCAGCGACUUUAUUGAUAUCACCAUCAAGACGAUUGACUCGAAGAACUUUCAGUUUCAGGUGGAGAAUGACAUUCAAAUUAAAGCCUUCAAGGAGCGCAUCGCCGAGGAGGUGGGCAUCGACACCGACAGUCAGCGAAUGAUCUUUUGCGGCCGUGUUCUCUCCGAUGAGAAGACUCUAAAAGAGUACAAAAUCGACAGCGGAAAGACCAUUCACCUGGUGAAGAAGGCCGCCCCGGCUUCGCAACAACCGGGGCAGCAGCAGCGCACAGGCGCGGCCAACAGUACGCCCAACGCCGCCGAUCGAAACCGCUUUCACAGCUACCGCUCCGAGGAUGGCUCCGUCUUUAUGGGCACCAUCUCGCUGGACUCGCCCAACAACAUCCUCAAUCAGAUGGUGCGAUCCAUCUUCACCGGUUCUCGUCCGGCUAAUGCGGCAGGAGGAGGAGGAGGAGGGGCAGGAGGAACCGGUGGUAGCGGUGGUGGAGGCACCAACGACCUAAACACUACCGGCUCUUCCCUUUCUUCUCAAGGCGGCGAAGGAGGCGGACACGGAGCAGGAAGCGGCGGCAGCGGCGGCCUGCCCACCGGCAACGCCAGCAUCCGCACGCGCAUCAACUACGUCCGCCGCUUUCUCGGCUACAUCUCCACGAACUUUCAAAUCCUCGAGCACCCGAAUCAGCUGCCCACGGUGCCGCCGGCGGCGGCGCCUGCCACCGAGUCCACCGAGCCAGUGGUGACGGCCGCCGAGUUCGGCGAGCUCUUUCGCGAGGCCUUCGCCGUGGCCGAUCGCCUGCGGCCGCACAUUGCCGCGCAGAUCGCCGCCAUCGGCGCGGCCACCGGCGAGGCGGAGGCCGCCUUUGCCGCCGCCAAUCACUCCAUUCUGAUGCGCAUCUCCCACCACCUCUCGCACGUCAUUCACAUGCUGAGCGAGUUCAACAUUGACGCCGGCCGCGCCCCUGGCCCUCACCCGCUGACGCUGAACACGCUGGACACGGUGCCGAAUGGGGCGACGGGAGCGGGCGCCGCGGCGGCCGCUGCCCUCGCCUCCUCUGCCGCCUCCUCGCUGCUCGCCAGUCUGCCGAACCUCUCCGCUCGGAUUGAGAUCUCCACGCCGGUGACGGUGGCCGGAACGGGCAACGCGGCGACCAUCUCCGGAAUACAGGCAAAGUUUUUACUAAUUACUUUUCCUCCUAAUAACAGCAACUCCGCCUACACCAUCCCCGAGGUGCGCUCCGCCAGCAACAUCAUCGGCGGACUGGCGGACGAGCGUAUGCACGAUGAGGACCUGAUGGACGACGGCGCCGGCGGUGACGAUGAGGCGGAGGAGGAGGAGGACAACACCGAAUGGAACGAAGAGGAGAUCAGUCGACAGUUUGAGGAGGCGCGGGCGAGCUCAUUUGCCGCCGCCGAGGCGGUCCUACGAGAGACGGCGGAGUUUCUGCGCUCCUCGGAGGGUCCUUUCGGACAGUCGGCUUCUUCGCAGGCAACGACGACCACUGCUGCUGCUAGUGCUUCAGCUCCCGCCGUUGCUGGACAGUCGCAACCGAAGAAUGAAGAGGAUGAGAAGAUGGAGACCAGCCCGUCGGCACCGCCGCCUCCGCCGCCGCCGGCGAAGAAGGAGGUGAAGCCGCCGAGGGACGAGGCGAUUGACGCCCUCUACAGCGACUCGGAGGGCGAGUUUGCCGACGCUGUCAGCGACUUUCCCACUGCUACUUCUUCAGCUGCCAACACUGCUUCUACAUCUGCUCCAGCGAAGCCGCUGCCAACUCCGGUGGCUUCUGUAGCUAGUGCUACUGCUGCCGCAACCACUGGCACCGGAGCCACCGGAACCGCAAGUGACGUGCCCCCGAACUGGCAGUCGGUUCUGCCUAAUGAAUGGAUUCCCGUCAUUGAGGCGGACAUUCAGCGCCAGCGCAGCUCGGUGGAAACUGCUGCUGCUGCUGCUGCUGCUGUUCAGCCCCAGCAGGCUGAAGGUGCGCCCGUCUUCAGCGACGCCUACCUCAACGGCAUGCCCAAGAAGCGCCGACUGGAGUACAAGCCCGAGGAGGAGGAGGCGGGGCAGAAGGCGGCGGUGGGCGACGCCAAGCAGCAGCGCCCUCACUAUCCGCUUUAG